AUGGAACAUCAAUUUUUUCAAAGGAUCCCUAGUUUACAGAUUAUCAUAUGUCGUUGCUGUAAAUAUGGUGUGCACCCCAAGGAGGUCGCCGCGCAUCUGCGGGUUAAGCAUUCCAUCAAGCCCCAGGAGUGUACACAGGUGGCCGAGGCAAUCCAGCAGUGGGAUAAUGUGAUGCAGGAACCCCACGCUGUCCAGAUCCCCCGGAUGCUGCAGAAUCCAUUACCCGGGAUUGAACUGUACAUGAACGGCAUGCAGUGCCAGCAGGACCCCGAACAUUGCCAGUACAUCACCACCCAUAUCAAAAGUAUGCGGAAACACUGGCAGCAGGUCCAUGGAUGGACCCAGCAUCGCCAUAGCGGGUUUGUCAGUCGCCAGGAGCGGGAACAGGGCAUGGCUAGUUUCCAGCAGUCAUUCCGCAUGGUAGCAUGGCAGCAGGUAUUCCCAUCGCGGAAGAACUCCCAUUUAGUGCAUAUUCGAUCCUGCGACCCCGAGCCCGUGGAACCACCCACCCCCAGCACUGACCGGGAGGCCAUGGUAGCCGAGAUCAAGGCCCAGGCAGCAGCUGAUGACGAGGCCGCUGCUAACCAGGUGAUCCAGGCCGGGGAGCUGCAGGAUGCUAACCCAUGGCUGCGGCGGACCCGGUGGGCGCGGUAUCUGGCUGAGGUACACCCGCAGGACCUUCUGGACGUGGUGGCCACGCCGGGAGCAGACGAGAUGGACGAGACCAGCCAGGCCAUGCGGGUGAUCUGGGAUACUAUGGAACAGUUAGCCCGCCGCAGCCAGCGGACCGUGCAGCACUGCGGGAGCGGGAUCCGCAUGGCCGCGAUCUGCACCAUGCCGGGGCAGACCCCCCACACGCCGCUGCAGGCGUACAUGGAUGAAAAGAGCAUCCAGGACCAUGUGCGGCCAUGGCAGCAGAUAUUAAUAUUCAUCGCGCGCACCCAGACCCAGUGGCCAUGGCAGGGGAAGGAGCCCCGAUAUAUCAUGACCAGCCGGCAGCGGAAGACCUGGCAACGGCUGUGGCAGGCGGCCAUGCAGGUGGUGCAUGGGGCUGUGGCAUCCCCGUCCCGGACGACAGCCGCGCCAGCCCCGAUCCCAUGGAGGAUCCAGCUGAGGAGAGUUCCGGGUUCAGGGUUAGGGUUGCCGGGUUUGUCAUGA